GCCUUCUGACGAAGAGAGCGCUCCUCGCUGACCAUAUCGCCCAUAAUGCUAACAUAGCAAAGCCUUGCCCGAGUCCUGUGCGCCCUCAUUUUGGCCCUACCUUUCCGUCUGAAUUCGCCCUCAAUGGGUCCGCUCGGGUGUAACGAUGCGCAGCACCUCCACCAGUUUCCAGCCUUACGACAGAGCUACCGGGACUGAGCUGUCGCAUCAACAACAAGCGGAUUGCGGAUACUACUACACCGUCAUCAAGGCUUACAUUGACGACGUCGAAAGUCGAACCGAAACGCCGAUUCCAUGGACGCGAAAGAAGCUGCGCUGCUCGACCGCCGAGCUCCUCGAUGCCAUAGAGAGCCUGGGCGACGAGAUUCGGCAGAGACAACGAGCGGAUAACCCUGGCAACAAUGCAGCGGGCGGCAUGCACACCGGUGCUGAGUGGGAUGGAGAGGACGAUACAGCACGGGAGACUGGCGUGUCCAGCCGGUCGGCGCAGAUGUAUCAGCAAGCUGUCAACCUCUUGCAUGAGCUUGUGAGCCGGCUCAUGGAUGUCGACGAGGGCUCAACCACUUAUCGCACGUCCGCCGCGCUCGAAUGGCCGUAUACCUCCCGUGCAUCGUUUGCGCCAGGCAGCACAAGUAAUAGCUCCCCCGUCAGCUCUGCCUUCUCCAAUGCUCCAGCAUCAAGAACAUCAUAUAUAACCAGUGCCUCAGCUACCACUGGCAGCAGUAUGGCGUCGGACGAGAUGAGCCAGGCGACUGGCGCUCCUCAGGAGGCCUCUGAUGAGAGCGAAGGAGCACCGCUUGAUUCCCAUCAUUCGCUGGAUGAGUCGUCGGAAAAGGCUCCUGCUACGCAGGGAAAUGGCAGGGACAAAGCUACAAAUGAAUGGGUUCUUGAAUAUCUUCGUGGUGGUUGGUUGGCAAGUAGUCCUGCUAACACGAUCGAAUCCACCAUCUCUCCGGCCGCUUCUUUGGCCGAGGACGCUUCUCCUGUUGGAAGCUUUCGGCGCUUCCAACGUACCGCAUCCGACGAGGUUUCCACCAACGGUCAGGAUAGCGCCCCUCAAUCGCUUAAAGGUAGUUUUCAGUCAGCGAAGAUGGCGAGACGCAGUCGUCCGAUCCAUACCGUGACUUCUCGUUUGAAAGGCAAAGUCGGGUAUGAACCGCUACAUGAUUCCACAAUGAGAACCUCUACUCGGUCAGGGCCUGAUUAUUUCAAAACACCGAGAUCGAUUUUGAGUGGCGCCACAGUCUUUUGGACUCCCAAUGCAGGAUUAGAAUACCUCCAUUCGACUGUACAGACAAGCAGCACAUCCGCGUGGAACAAGUAUCUUCGGCAGAAAGGCCUCAUCCCUGAUCCGUUUGACGAGAUGGAUUGGUCGGGUAGAGGCCAACAUGCCGAGUUUGACGCUACGGAGGAAUCCGAAAUCCCUCUCACACUCGAAAGGGCACUCGGAUACAGCUCGAAUGCCUUGGUGGAAAGUGUGCGGUGUCGACGUAUUCGUCUAGCCCGGAAAACCGUCCAAGUCAGCAGGCGCUUGAAGAAAGAGGAAGCUAUGAAAGAAGUGGAGCACCUGCAGCGACUGAAACAUUCCCACGUCCUCCGCGUAGUGGGAACCUACACCCUUCCGCGCAAAUUGUCCAUCCUACUUUAUCCAGUGGCUGACUAUACGCUGGAUGCUUUCCUGGAGACAACGCAAGACGAAUUGCCAACCGAGGACCGUGCCGCUCGCCUAUAUUCGAUUUCUACAUUCCUUCGAUGCCUCGCCAAGGCAGUUGCUUACAUUCAUGAGAAUGCCAUCAAGCACAUGGAUAUCAAGCCAAAGAACCUCCUCAUCCGAGACAUGCAUACUAGUAUAAUAUGUAAUCAGGGGCAGUACAAGAUAUAUCUCGCGGACUUCGGCAUUGCUCGCUCUUACCGCUCUGUCGACGAAUGUAAUACGGAGUCGCCGACUGCCUAUACAAAGACCUAUGCGGCCCCAGAAGUCAUGGCUCAAGAAAGGCGCGAUCAGAAGGCGGAUAUAUUCUCUCUUGGCGCCGUCUACGCAGAAAUGCUCGCCGUUCUUGCCAACGAAGUCGAUCCAAUUAUCCCGAAUUUGGAUGCGCUACAUAAUAUCCGAGAGAACGAUCCCACCAACCGCUCGUACGCAGCCCAUGCCCCUGCAAUCCAAAAAUGGUUACGCCGUCUGUCCGUCUCCACGUACGGCUUUGAAUCUGACGCCGACCACUCCCACAUCACCGAACUGGUAGCGCGCAUGCUCAGCGUCGACCCUACUAAGCGACCGACUGCAAGCACUAUAGUGAAUAACAUUCCCUUCUUGGCAUUUUGCUGCGAUGUCAACGGCGGCUCCGAGCCUUUCGAAGCAGCAGAUCGUCCCGCCGAGAGACAGUUGUAUGAUCGGGCUUUUGAGAUCUCAGAGGCCGAUUUGAGGCACUUUAGGUGUAUGGUUGACGGAUGCGUCAAGGUCUAUGGAAGUCGAGAGAAGUUGGAAUAUCAUACAGUUGUAAGUGCAGCCUUGCGCAGUCUCGAGCAGAUUCCAUCUCUUCCGCGUAUAGUGGGCUGAAGCGCUUCUGGCUCCCGCAUGGCGUCUCCGCUGCGAGGGCGCGCAUGACGGCGGCAGUUCGAUUGCUACGCAUCGGUGAAGGCGCCACUACAUAUAGAAAACUUCGAGCUUGGCUGCAGCAAAGGGCUGACGAUGCGGCAGAACGGUCACGGCGAAAAUGCGAAGUCGGUCCCUCUCU